AAGGUCCAGCCCGACACGAAGGUUGAGGGAGACUUGUGAGGAAGAAGACUCUUGGUGCUUGCUCCUGCCUCGGGCGCUGCAGCAGCUGAGGCGUAGCUAGAGAGCACUGCGCGGGGGCUGCAGCCUAUCCAGUGCAGUGCUGCAGAGCACCUGUGGAUCUCACUUGUUAUGUCACAAGCUUCCAGUGCUGAAACAAGACUGGGAAAGGGCACAACGUUGAGCCAUCUUUCUGCUACACCAUCCCAUCUGCACAUGUGCUGCUUGGUUGGGUCCUAGGGCCAGUGCCCUUUGUGCAGUCACUGAUGUGUGCUGCCAGCUUCCUCUCCCAGCCCCUCAGCAGGCACAGCAGGAACAGCUCCUGUGCGUCGCAUGGCACACAGAGGACAUGGAAGUGGAGUAGACACAGACGGUUGCAGGAAGGCAACUUGUUUCCUUUGUGUUAUUGCUGGGGAGCAUGUGAGGACCUGCUGUGGUUAGCUAGAUCUCAGAUGUGCAUCUUCUGUGCCUGUCCUCUAAAGCUUUCCCCUCAAAGGAGUAUCUCCUUGGACCUAAAGUAAUGAAGCUCUCCUGUGUCUGGAGUGCUAUACUGACUUCACCCCUUAAAUUACCACAAAUGGGGAAAAACUGCAACUAGCAAGAGAUUUGCCACAAAAAUCCACACAAGAGUAGCUGCAGGCUUUUGUGUGCACUUAUCCUACACAGAACCAAAUGCUCUCACAGAGACCUUCUGCAGGGGUCCUGUUGCACGCAGUACAAGUCUUGGGCCUGGGCAGGGUAAGGUGUACUUGGUGCUGGCUUCAAGACCCCAGCAAUCUUGCACAUGUAGAGCAGCAGGCACUGGUGGCAUGGCUGUGGCCUCUGGCACCACAGGUGCUAGGCAACAUUGUGGAUAAGAGGCUGGCACUCAUGUCAUGAGUGCUGGAUCUUGGACCAUGCUGUGGAGGGAUAAGCACCAGGCACUGAUGCUACAGGCAUUGGGACCUGUGUCAUCCUGUAGGUGCCCCUGUCAUGGGCCAGAGGAGCACUGGAGGGUCUGUGGAUUGGACUGCCACUUCUGCAACAGACACUGGGUUCCAGCUGGUACUACAGACUGGACAUAGGUGGCAAUAUGGAUGUGGGUAUUGAGCCAUGAUGGGCUCUGGGUCAUGCCUCGGGUACCCAAGGCCAGAUGCUGGCCCCAUGCUGAGCUGCAGGCAGCAAUGCUGGCCUUGCAGGGUGUAGUCCCAGCAGCCAUAGGCAGUAGUACUGAUGCUGCAGUAGCAGCAGGAGUAUGGAAGCAGGAGCAGCUGUGCCUUUGUGCUGCCACCUCUGUGAGACCCAGCACCUCUGUGCUGCCCUUGCAGUUGUGCCUGCUUCACCCCAGAUCGUUCUGUCCCUGCAGCCACCAAACGGGGCCAGUUCUGUUCACCUCUCCAGCUGGUAUGAGUGUCAUGUCCCAAACAGCUGGGCUGUAUCCAGCUGUUUGCUGUGGCUCUGCAGCUGCAGGAAGAUCAAUUCCUUGGUGUCCAUUAGAGGAAAUCAGACUUUUUCCCCAGGCUUCUGCGCUCGCUUGCUGCAGGCUGGGGCAGGGGGCAGUGAUGUCCCUCUGGGGGUGGUUUCCAUGCAGACCUCAAAGCAUAUUUGUGUGUCCGGGAGGCCCAGAGAGUUCACACUUGUGUGCAUGGCUUCUUUUCCAGGAGGAGGCUGGAUCUGCUCCUGCUGGCAGCCCUUAGCUUGUGCCAAGGUGUGUUUGGUGUCUGAUAUGAGAGCAGAGCAUGCCAGGACUCUUGUGGAGUCUGACUGCAGCAUCCACAAGUGGGUUCUGCACAUCUGCCUGCUCUGCCAACACUGAGCUGGGUGCUCUGCUCCUGGAGCUUGCUCCGGGCAGCUGCUGCCUGAGCAUACUGUAGUAGCAGCAGACUUGUGUUCUGCUUGUCCUUCACAGCUGAGACUGGCCCAUCAGAGGCCUUCCAGAGUCUGACAAGUUGUGGAAAUGAAAAGAUUCCAAAAGCCAGGUUUUUCUGAUGGGAAGGAACUCUCCCAACACCUGGAGCUCAGGAAUUUCUUUGCAAGAUUCUUUUAUGUUUAGCUCAGACUCCAGCGGAGUUGUGUUUCCCUAUGGAAAAAGGAGAAAUGGCCCGGAGAAAAGCUCACUCUUUGGGGAAGAGAUGAAGACUGGAAUGUUGUUCUUUCUUGCUACUGAAGACAGCGCAGUACAAGGCUAGAAUGAGCUGGGUCCCUCAGGAUGAUGGAGAAGCCUGUUACUAUGGAGGAUGUGGUUCUGGCUGGGCUUGGUACCAUUAACAUCUUAAGCAUCAAACUGGAUUUCUAUGGAAACUGUCCCUUCACAUCCAGGACACAGCAAUGUCUGUCACUGCAUCCUGCCUGCAGCACAAAGCCAGCCUCAAUGUGGAGCUUACAGUGUCCUUCACCACAAGGAGCUCCUUUUUAAUCCUACUCCAGUAAUAAGUGAUGUCAGGUGUCCUGCUGUCACCGACCAGUGAACUUGCUGGAUCCCUCCCUUGAAUGCUUCUUGCUGUUGCAUGUCUGUGGGUACUGGGCUCCAGCACCCUGAAUUCCCUCUUAAGAACUUACAGAAAGCAGGUUUGAUGGAUGAGCUGUGGGUGACCUUGGGAGCUGGAGGCCUUGAAAUGGUGGCUUCUGCGCUGCCUGUUCCCUUCCACAGGCACUUGACACUCUCAGUGAUGCUCCAUCAAGGAGCUGUCUGGGUCUUGUCUGACACUGACAAAUGGUAGUAUUAAGAAGCUUCUCCAGGUGGCAUCAGCAGCCAUGGUUUGUUGGGCAGUUCUUGCUGUUGUGGGCUAGGAGGGAGGAUUCAGCUGCCGAGAGAAGGGUCACUGUGGCACCUCAGGUAAGAGCUGAUGAGGUGACCUAGGCUGUGUCAUAGUGGCCUAAUGGGGUUCCCUGGCGUUCUCCUCAGGGAGCCAUAUGCCUUCGGGGACGGCCGCGAUGCCAGGCGUGAGCGCUCCCCUCUGCGGGGCAGCCCGCGCAGGGACGGCCGCAACGGGCGGGACGCCAGAGACGCUCGAGACAUGCGCGCCAGAGACAUGCGCGAGCACAGGGACCCACGGGACCUGCGAGACCCCCGCGACAUAAGGGAUCCACGGGACCUGCGGGACCCCCGCGACAUGAGAGACCUGCGGGACCCUCGGGAGCCCUUCUACGAUCGAUACAGGGACCCCCGGGACAUGAGGGACCCACGGGACAUGAGGAACCCACGAGAUGCGAGGGACCCGCGGGACAUGAGGGAUCCGUGGGAUAUGAGAGACCCUCGGGACCCUAUGUACAGGCGAGAGGAAUCUUACGACCGCUACCUUCCCAUGGAGGACUACUAUAGGCACAAGGAUGAGUCCUGCUACGAGCGCUACAAGGAGCCCUUUGACAGGGCACCAGGGGGUUCCGAAGACCGUUUGAAGCGGGAGGAGCGGCGCCGGGAGGAGCUCUACCGGCAGUACUACGAAGAAAUCAAGAGGCGCUUCGAUGCAGAGAGGCCUGUGGACUGUUCUGUGAUAGUGGUCAACAAACAGACAAAGGACUAUGCGGAGUCAGUGGGGCGCAAGGUGCGGGACCUGGGCAUGGUGGUGGAUCUCAUCUUCCUCAACACAGAGAUGUCCCUGACACAAGCCCUGGACGAUGUGAGCAGAGGAGGAUCUCCUUUUGCCAUUGUCAUCACCCAGCAGCAUCAAGUUCACCGCUCUUGCACUGUUAACAUCAUGUUUGGCACCCCCCAAGAGCACCGCAACAUGCCCCAGGCUGAUGCCAUGGUGCUGGUGGCGAGGAACUAUGAGCGCUACAAGACAGAGUCUCGGGAGAAGGAGCGGGAGGAAAUCGCCCGGCAGGCUGCCAAGAUGGCAGACGAGGCUGUGCUGCAGGAGCGGGACCGCCCGCCCCCCUUGGAGGAAGGGGUCAGAGGAGGGCACCCCCCGGGCAUCCAGACGCUGCUGAACCUGCUGGCAGACAACCGCUACCUCACCGCUGAGGAGACCGACAAAGUCAUCAACUACCUGCGGGAGCGCAAGGAGCGGCUGCUGAGGGGCAGCUCGGAGCCUCUGCAGGCACCCAUGUCAAGGCAGUCUUUGGGGGCGCCUUCAGGAUCAUCUCUGGGUGCUCAGCCCAGCCUUCCAAGCUCUCAGGCUCAUCAGGGUUCACAGCCUCUGGUUUCUGCUCCUUCUGUGCCAGUGUCCUCUUCUACUCCCCAGCAGGAGCUCCAAGCGAAGAUCCUCAGCCUCUUCAAUAGUGGAGCGGCAGCAGCUGCGGUAGCCAACAGCAGCCCCGCGGCCUCCACAGGCACGGCAGGCACCACUCCCAACCAGAACUUUGCUGGCGUGGCUGGUGCCCAGCCCCGGCCACAGAUGGGUGCUGGAAAUUUAAACCAGGCUCAGCAGCGGUUGCAGACUCCCAGCACGCAGCUCCCUGCUCUCCCAGGCCCUUCAAGAAAUGCAGGUCCAAGGCCUGGAGCUCCUCCACAGCCUCAGCCGCUCUAUGGUCAGCACCAGAAUCGCCUGCCAGCGCCUGGCAGCAUACCCACUCAGAGGCCAGUGUCUUCUGGUAUCAACUUCGACAACCCCAGUGUACAGAAAGCCUUGGACACCCUCAUCCAGAGUGGUCCUGCGCUCUCCCAUCUUGUGAGCCAGACCGUAGCCCAGGGACGGGCAGGGUCUUCAGCCCAGCAACCCAUAGGCUCCUUCCAGCGGCACUACUAAAGCUGAGCAGCCAGGCCCUUUCCCCUCCCCUUGGCCAUUCCACACUUAGAGCUGUUUGAAAAGUCUCCUGGCCCUGACACGGGGCAGAUACUCCUAGAUUUGCAUGUCCUCUCCUCUUUGGUGAGGGUGCCCCCAGUGCUGCUGAGUGCUGCCAGUGCUGCCCUGCCUCUGUGUGGGCUGCUCAGUGGCACUCAGAGCAGCACUCCAGUCUCGGCAGCAUGUUGUGCUGCAAGCUGCUUUGCCUCGUGGGCUGUUUGUGCGGCGCCAGCAGCUGCUGCAGUGACAGUCCCCCUGCAUUUCCUCACCCCCAGCAGCUGCAUGACCCUCGGGUCACGGUGCAGUCUGGUCGUGCUGCCCUGGGCAAGGUGUCAGGUUCUGAGGAAGUCAGGGCUGCACAGCAGUACACCGAGGGGCUCCAUGGAGACCCAUCCCUGGAAUGGGCACUGUGUUCCUUUGUACUGAUGCCUUUUUGCAAGGGCAUGUGGGAGGUGCAGGGUGGUGCUGGCAGCCGAGCUCACGAAGCAGCUGCCUGACCACUUCUUGGUAACCCAGGACCAUGCCUCAGAUCCUUCUGUAGCUGUCAGGUCCCGGCAGGGUAAGGCAGAGAACCUCUCCCCACCUCCUCCAGCUGAUGGAAACCAGCAGCACUGGUCCAGGCACUGUGGCAGAGCUGCCAGCCAGGCCCAGAUUUCAGGCAGUCUCUCAGUUUCCCUACCCCAGGGCAGUGUUCAUAUACCUUGGUUCAGGUUAGCCCAUUUGUUCGUUUCCUUUCUCACCACCUCGCUGUGGAACGGUUGGUUACUGGGGCCCAGCAGCUCCUGAGCUGUCACCCUCCCUUGGAGCACCAGCAGCCAGGUGCCCAGGGUGAGCGCCUGCCCCUCACCUCGCUGUCAGUUGGGGUUGUCCCUCCGAGGUGCAGGGGCAGUGCCAAGAUGCAGUAGCACCAUUUUGUAUGUUUUGUUUUAUUCAACACUUUGGUAGCCACAGCAGGCAGCUGAGUGGGAAAUCAGGCAGUGAUUCCUCACUGGUUUUAGCCAGAAACUCUUUGAUACCAGCACUCGGAGCAGCACUGAGCUCUGCUCCCUGGCACAGCAGCACCAGAGUCCGUGGGCUCCCCGCAGCACCGACGGGCAGCAGGAGAGCAGCGUGCUCGGAGCAGAGAUCUUCCCUGUCCCCGGUGGUUUGUGUUGUAGCAUUUUCUCUGUGUGCUGUUUAACAGGAGGACAAUACUUUCUAAUAAAAAGGCAGGAAAAAAGCUUCUCUUGCAUUUUUGACCCAUGACAGCUCGGGCAGGCUGGCAUUCACCGUUGCAUCACGGGCCCCAGGUGCUGGGGCAGAGGCUGCCCGGUGCAGGGACCUUGCUGUGACCUGUUGUGAGCAUUUCACAGCCU